AGCCAUGUUGGUUCACGACUCGACGGGUGGAUCGAGAGCGCUUUCGGGCACAUGGUAGGAUUACCUGGUGGCAGGGAAGGUCAGCACGCUCCUGCGCGUCCUGUUUUCUUCCUGGUCUCCCAAGUCCUACAUGUUCACCCACGGUGAAACGUACGUCACAUUGGCACGAAAACCUUCACUGGCGUCUAGCAGCACCAUGACUCCCGUGCGAAUCGCAACAGUGUCGUCAGUUCUGGGAUCCCCUUCCGGCGCCCACAGCGUGACCCCCAGCGCCAGCGUGCCGAGCCUAGGACUGCACUCGCGGCGCAACGACCAGCGCAGGGGUAGAGCUCCAAGCCCCCUGACAGCCAGGGGGCACGUGGUGUCUCUGUCCACGCCGAGGGCCUCCAUGCGGGCGACUGUGGGCGUGCACCGCCUGACGUCACAACCAUCGUCAUGCUCGGUGCUUUGUGCAACCGAGGUGGUCCACGUCAGCCACGACGGCAGAGAUUGCGCAGAAGAUUUGGGCGUGGCGGCCUCGGGCCUCAACGUGCCUGCAUUACCGCUGAAGUUGCUUGGUGGCACGAGUUCCAGGCCGGGUUUGAGCGCCAGGGCCAGGGAGCCGACGCCCAGGGGCGAGUCACAGGCCCUCUCGUCAAAGUCCGCGCGGAGGUCUGCGGACGUGAAGGUGUCUGAGGGCGGCUCCGACCUACAGCUGCGAGUGCACAUCUUGCCCUCUGAGCUCAUCAGGUGGAAGGAGUUGCAGAUCUGCAGCUGCAUAGACAAGGCGUCUUUCGGAGAGGUGAUGCUGGCCAAGCGCGGUAACGAGGUGCUGGCCUUGAAGCGCUGCCUCGCUGGCGCCGACGGCUCCAUGACCAAGGAGCAGAUGCACAACUUCGAGAGGGAAAUCAACGCCUUGCGCAUCCUGAAGCACCCACGCGUAGUGGGAUAUGUCGGCUGCGUGCUCGAGCCCCCUCACCUUGCCAUCCUCACUGAGUACUUGCCUAAUGGGAACAUAUUCUACUUGCUCUACAUGAACCAGGUCAACUUGCCAGCUGUCGUACGCCUGAGACUUUCACUGCAAUUGACAGAGGUUGUCGACUUCAUGCACGGCCUGGACCCCGUGCUGGCCCACUUGGACUUGAAGACGUCCAACAUAUUACUUGACUCCGGGUAUAACGCCAAGCUGUGCGAUUUCGGGAAGACGCAUGCGCUCGAAAGCGGCAGCUCCGUUGUUCAGGGGAGGGAGCUGCUCGGGUCCCCGCGCUACAUGGCGCCCGAGCUGUUCAACGGCCCCGGGUCGCGGUUCACGGAGAAGGCCGACAUUUGGAGUUUGGCAUGUUGCUUGAUAGAGAUAUUAGGGGGGCCCAUCCCGUUCGAGGACGUGCCCGAGGUGCCGCAGAUCCUCGACUGCCUCAGGCGCGGGCUGCCGCCCCUAGUGCCCUACUGGUUCGUCGAAGCGGUGCGCCGGGCCCUCGGGCAGUGCUUCUUCUUCCAGCCAGAGGGGAGGCCGGCAGCGGCCGAUCUCACCGUCGCCCUCUCCUCGCUGACAGCCCAGGACAUGGAGGAGCGCGGCAUGGACACUCGCCGCGCGAGCUGA